CCCGGAAGUACGACUGCUGGCGGAUGCGCCCGGCGGCGGCGGUCUCGUCGUGUACGACGGAGGCGGCGGGCGGUUGGUGUUGCCGCCGGGGCUGCCGCCGAAUGAGUCGCUGCCGCUGAUUGUGGUCGGCCCGAACCGCGCGCUACAGCUGCGGAAUGUACGAAUCGUGAACUGUGCGUCGCUUCCGUCGUGUCUGAGUCUGGGAGCGGGUGCGCGGUUUGUGGCGCGGGAGGAGGAUGGAGUGCGUAUGGUGCUGGCGGCGCCGGAGCUGGAGAGGGAGUACGCGAGUGCGCUGGCGGCGGCGGCGGCCGCCGUGGCGGCGAGCAAAGCGGCGGCGGCGGCGCCGCAGCAACAACAGCAGCAGCAAGACGUGGCGACGGCGGCAGCGGCGGCGGUCCAGCCGCCUGUGUUUGAGCUGCAUGUAGACGCGUUGGGAGCGGCGGUUCAUGUCAUUGAAUCGUACGACAAGCUCUCAGCGGCGCUGGAUGACGGCGGAGGGAAUGGCAAGCCGCUGUCGGGCAGCAGCCGUUACGGCUCGGCACCCAACUUGGCGGCGGCGGGAGUCGCCAGCGGCGGCAGCCGUCGUGCGCUGACGGAGGCGGCGACUGACGGUACGACAACCGCUUCGUCGCGGCUGCGACGGCGGCUGGUGAUCGAGCUUGACGCGGCCGCCAGCUACCACACUCAGGGCCCGCAGCAAUCGGCGACGGCGGCGGUUCGCGGCCUGACCAUCCGGACAGUUACGACAUUCGGAAGCGGCCAGAUGGCGCCGCCGGCGACGCCGUCGCCUCCGUCGGCUCGCGGCACACCGCCGCUAUCCAAGGUCUCAAGCGCCGCCAGCUUAACCACCGCCGCUGCUGCCGUACAGCAAGCACCGCCGCCGCCACCGCUGCUUGCAUUCCCCGCAACAGCACCAGCCGCCGCCUCCGUCACCACGACGCUGCUAGAUCCAGCCGACGUCUCAGCUCGCUACACCCUCACACCCACCUCCCAAGACAUUUCCCUGGACCUCGGUUCCCUCAACCUCCAACUCUCCCCCGCUGCGCUGCACCUGCUGCUACAGCUGCAAGGCAUGGUGCUGCAGCCACUCACCGCGCCGCCGCCGGACCAACCGCUCGCCCGUUGCAACCGCUUCCAACGGCUCUGGAGCAGUUACCGACCCCGCGGCGCUUCCGUCGCCGGCUUAGAACUCGGGGUUGGUGGUAUCGACACGUUAGCCGAAGAUCGCGGCCUGUCGCUCUGGCGCCCGCAACCGCAACCCGGCUACAUCUCCCUCGGUGACGUACUCGUAUCCGGAUCUCGCAUGCCGUACGAUCAGGUUGCGACGCUGGCGGUUAACAGCGGUUUGGUGGCUUUCCCGAUGUCGUACGAUCUGAUCUGGGUCGCGACCGACGGAUCUGUUGCGAUCUGGCGGCCGGUGCCGCCGCCGGGUUACGUGGCGCUGGGAUGCCUGGCGGGAGAAGGUAUCGGCGGAGGAGAAGGUGGAAGUACGGCAGUGGUUCCGCCGCCGCCGCCGUUGUCGGCGGUGGGAUGUGUGGCGGAGCGGGCUUGUGUGGAGGGACGGCUGGGGGAGUGUUUGCCGGCUGGGGAGGGCGAUGUGCGGCUGUGGGGGCUGCAGAAUGAGGGCGCGACGUUUGAGGUGGCGACGGCGGGGACGCAUUUGCCGGCGGGUCCGCUGUACGACCUGCGUAGCCCCCUGGGCGUGCCCCCCGCCGCCCUCACACCCCUGCCCGACCUGCUGCCGCCCUCCAUGACAGCAGCCGCACCCGCACCCGCGCCCACAGCAACCACCGCAGCAACAACCUCCGCCACCUCCGCCAUGACGUCUGCGGCCGCUGCCGCCGCCUCUGGCCCUGGCACCAGCAGUGGUGCUGUGGGCAGGCCGCCGGUGGUACCGCUGGGUCUGGUGCGGGUGAAUGCGCGGCGGAGGGAGGUGCCGCGGGGGUUGGGAGCGGGGGCUGCGGGAGGAGCAGGAGGAGAGGCAGAGGAGGAAGAGGAGGGUGUGGGUGCGACGAGUCUAGGAGGGCUGCUGGCGGCUCAGCCCCCACCGCUGUCUCUGUUGUGCCAGCAGCGGUACAUGCGGGUCAGGAGGUCCCUGCUCUCCCGUGCCGCCAGCGCCGCCUCCCAGCUGCCCUGCGUGGAGUUCCAGCGCCUGUGGUGGGACCAGGAGGCGGCAGGAGGGGGAGGAGGAGGAGGAGGGAGUCAUCUGAGCUUUUGGAGACCCAAACCGCCGCCAG